CCCUGACCGACAGUGACAGCGUAUGAGCAGUAUGGCUUCCCCACGAUCUGGUUCAAUGAAGUAAACGAUUCAUACAACCCGGAGCGCAUUGAGGGCACUACAUUUGACUCUCUAGUCGUGUCGCCAUCUCCUCCCUACAUGCGAACCAAGCAUGUAGAGAGCGAUGAAAUGACCCAUCCACACACUUCUUUGUAACCUCCCGUUCCCUUUGAACCGUGGAUUCUACCAUAACGCCAUUCCGACCUCCCACCAAUUCACCGCAUGCGAUUAUUGACGAAGCCAUGGCCUUCGAGGAUGAUGAAGAGAACGGCAGCGGUUCUAGCUCGGAUGAAGACCAAGAUGAACAGAUGAUGGACGCUGACAAUGCCGAUGAUGGUGCAGAUGCGGAGGCAGAUGCCGAGGGUGAUGGAGAAGAGGAUGCUGAUGGCGACAACGAUGAUGAUGAUGAUGAUGGGGACAAUGAUGAUGACGACCAUGACCAGGAGGACGCCGAUUCGCAAGGAGGUGCACAAUCCAUGAAGCCUCCUGCACGACCACCGACAUCGAUGCCAAAUGGUCUUUCACCGAGGCACCAGCCGAAUGCGAAUGGUGUCAUGACAAACGGGGAUGCCCACCCGGAGGACCAGGUCAAACCUCCAACUCCCCAGGGAAAUUCCACCCCGAUACCCUUUCGACCAAGUGUUCGACCCGAGAUGCUCACGGCCCCAACUUACGACAUUAUUCCCACCAUCGCUGCUCCUCACAGCACAUCUAUCAAUGCAGUGUGUUCUACAUCGGACAUGAGAUGGGUCUUUACGGCCGGCACAGAUGGAUAUAUUCGGAAGUUCAAUUGGGUGGACACUGCGAAUGGAAAACUGGCUCUCACCGUCGCGCAAAGGCACCCAUUCGUGGAUAGUGUUACGAAGGCCGGUGUACUCCUAAGUUAUUGGGACAAUGAAGAAGCUCCAGAUCGCACGCCUCUGGAUGAAGAUACUCCGCCGUCCCCAAUUUACUCUCUUGCAGUCCACCAUCAGGGACUUUGGAUACUCUCGGGGUUGGAGAAUGGAGGUAUCAACCUACAAUCUGUACGUCAUAACGAAGGGACGAGGAUCGCAGCAUUGCAAAAGCACACGUCCGCCGUUUCGGUAUUGUCACUGGCAGACGACGAGACUUCGGUGCUCUCUGGAAGCUGGGACAAGACCAUUGUAAACUGGGACCUCAAUACGGGCCAAGUGGUGCGCACAUUUGAAGGAAGCGGGAGUCAGAUUUCGGCCAUCGAGCGACGACCCCAGUCGAGCCUCCCGGUGCCUGAGGAAUUGGCUUCAUACCGACCGGUACCAAGUUCGACAUUCUCGUCAAACUAUGAUUCUAAACCUUCGGCGAAUGGAUUUACGAUGAACGGUACCACCGCCGACGAUCAUUCUUUACCUCGAGAGGAUCGACCAAGCGACGUUCUCCCGAACGGCGAAGAUCCCCCCGGCGGUUCUCCGUCACUCAACUCUCUUUUCGGCGACGAGGACGAUGAAUUCUCUAGAGCCAUUGCGAACGGGAUUCAAGCUAAUGAUGACGAGGAUGCGGAAGGAGAUGCGAAUAUGCAAGAUGCUGGCGGACCCGUACAGCCACCCACACAAGAUACUGCUGACCAGACCCUUCCAAACGGGGAACGGAAUUCACCAGUUGCCGAAGCACCACCCACAAACGAUGGCGAGAACUUGAAUGGACACGAGAAAGCUCAAGAAUCGGGUUCGUGGCCAAAUGGUCUCCCUCUCUCCGAUGAACCGCGCCAUGCACAGGAUGCCACCGACUCAACCUCAAAACCCAUCGACUCCAACCGAAAUACCUUCCUCGACGCCUCAAUCGACGGCACGAUUCGCAUUUGGGAUCAACGACAACAAAAUCCGAUUGCUCGGAUUCUACCUGGUCCAGGUGUACCACCCUGGUGUAUGAACGCGUGCUGGUCACCGGAUGGAAACUUCAUCUACGCCGGUCGCCGGAACAACACUGUCGAAGAAUACAGUCUUGCGCAUGGACUAAAAGCGCCGAGUCGAACAUUUAAAUUCCCAUAUGGUAGCGGAGCAGUGAGCGCAAUCAAAGCAAUGCCGAAUGGGAAACAUUUGGUUUGCGCAUCGCAUGAUAUCCUACGGCUAUAUGAUCUUAAAGACCAGGAGGAAACCAAAACACGACACUCGGUCGUUCCCUUCUUGAUUAUUCCGGGUCAUCGUACUGGCGUCAUCUCCCAGUUGUACAUUGAUCCCUCAUGCACCUUCAUGAUUUCGACCGCAGGGAACCGAGGGUGGGAAGGGAAUUCUACGGAGGUACUACUAGGCUAUGAGAUUGGCGCAUCGAAAGCAUAGGGCAUGGAAGUCGUUGAGGCACCUCAUUGUGUAGGUUGAACGACGGAGGAUACCCACCACAUCGGCGUUGAGGUUAUUCAUCAUUAGAAUGGAGAAUGGGUCAGUAGGGUGUGAUAUCUAGGGUAUUCAAUGCCCGACAUCACCGAUUUUACUGUAAGUUCCACUAUAAAAUGUUAGUGUGCUACUACUCGUAACUUGUCAGACGGUGUGGUUUUGUGAUCUAUCUGCUCUGAAUAUCGUUAGGACAAGAUUUCGAGUUAUUCUUUCACCCCCAAAUGUUUAGAACGGACUUUUCAUGCAGCCCUAGUCC